UAAAAUGGUGUAAUAAGUUGGUUUAAAAUUGCACACUUUCCAUCUCCUCUCUCUCUCUCGCCAAGGGGAGGGCAUUGUGUGGUAGUACGACCAAACGACGACCACAAGCAUCAACGAACCCAUCUCGAUCGAUCCAGUAGCAGCACACAAUGUCUUCCCUCCUCACCAACUCUCUUCUUCCUCUCCUCCGAGCUGGAGCAUCCCACGACUGGCGUCUCACCUUCAAACCCAAGCAUAAGUCGUUGAAUGGGGUGGUUUUUUGUUGUGGGGGUGGGGAUAAUGGGGCAUUUGAGGAGAGACAAAGGUUGGCGGCGGCGGUGAAGAAGAGCGACGACAGUAAUGGGGGAGUAGUGAAGUUGGAGAAGCCGCCUCUCAGCUUCACCGGAGACAAGCCCUCCACUCCUAUACUCGACACCAUCAACUAUCCCAACCACAUGAAAAAUCUCUCCAUCCAGGAGCUUGAAUUGUUGACGGACGAGAUUAGACAAGAAGUAGUGUACACGGUGUCCAAGAUAGGUGGGCAUCUGAGUUCGAGCUUGGGUGUGGCGGAGCUCACGGUGGCGCUUCACCAUGUAUUCAGCGCUCCAGAAGACAAGAUUAUUUGGGAUGUGGGUCAUCAGGCGUAUGUCCAUAAGAUGCUGACCGGUAGAAGGUCGAAAAUGCAUACCAUCCGCCAAACCUUUGGGCUCGCCGGGUUUCCCAAGAGGGAGGAGAGUGCUUAUGAUGCCUUCGGUGCUGGCCAUAGCUCUACCAGCAUUUCUGCUGGUUUAGAUGCACAUGGUCGCCACUGCCGCCGCCAUCGACGAUAGGCCUAGUUGCUUUAGGUACCCAAGAGGGAAUGGUGUUGGCUCUGUUCUUCCCCCUCACAACAAAGGCACUCCAUUGGAGGUGGGCAAGGGAAGGAUCCUGCGAGAAGGAAACAGAGUGGCCAUUUUGGGAUACGGGACAAUAGUACAAAGUUGCAUAGCCGCGGCGGAGGUGCUCCAACAAUACGGAAUUAACAUAACGGUGGCGGAUGCGCGAUUUUGCAAGCCACUAGAUGGAGAAUUGGUGAAGCAAUUGGCAAGAGAGCACGAGGUACUCCUCACCAUUGAAGAAGGAUCCAUUGGAGGAUUUAGCUCUCAUGUUUCCCACUUCCUCGGAUUGAACGGAUUGCUAGAUGGGAAUCUCAAGUGGAGGGCAAUGGUGCUUCCUGACAGAUAUAUCGACCAUGGAUCACAGAAAGACCAAACCCAAGAAGCAGGGCUGAGUUGGAAGGACAUAGCCGCCACUGUUUUGUCACUUUCAGGGAAAAGCAAAGAUAGCCUUCAACUCCUUAACUUAUGAAUAUUUUUGUUCAGUAGCCAGCCCCAGCCCCAGCCCCAGCCCCGAGAUUCAUUGGUUGUAGUUAGUGUGUGUAAAUACAAAUAAGAUUUGUUAGUUAAUAUAACGCAAUAGUGACUGCAAUGUUGUUACCCCCGGCCCCCUCUCAUGUUUCUUCUCCACCUAUGGAUUUUUUUAAUCUAUUCCACGGGGGUUUCUGGUUUACUUUGAAAGAAUCAAGAACUAUAAACAAAGUUGGUUUGUGUACAA